UCUGCACGGACGGAUUCGUCCACCGACAGGCAGAAGAUUAGAAGAUAUACAUAGAAACGUUCAUAAUUUCAUUUUAAACGGACUUUGGCGACGGUUUGUAGCAUUUGGUUGAAGCGUUCGCGCAUUUACAGCGAGCGUGGUCGACGUUUUUACGAGUUUACGUUUGAACUACAUGACAUGGCGGAUUAAUCGCGGAUGCGCUGUUUGCUAUUUCCUUUUAGAGAGUACGCGGAGUUUUGGGAAGCGGGGAGGUGAGGCAGUCUUGAAGCGGCUCGAAGGGUCUGCGAGGUGGCAUCACUUUGGAAACUUUGCCGUGGUAGCUACGCAGGCAUUGCGCCCCCCAGCCUUGUCUAGUUUUGCGUGUUUACGUGGUGUGUUUUAAUGUGUGUAUGUGUGUUGCCGUGUUCACUACGCACUUAACCCACCAAAGGCGGACUGGCGCUUCAGCGUGUAAUCUUCUCUUAUGAGUAGGAUGUUAUCUAGCCAGGCUGGAUCGGCACUGAGUGGAAACGGGUCAGCGUCCGGGAAUAACGCGGGACACGGUCCUGUGGUUAUCGGUAGCGGGCAUCGCCCAGGGCUUGCGAGGGCUGGUCAGACGGUAGCCGGGGUUGGUCCUUUCACCGGUGCACCCGGACGUUUGGGAGAGGGUGCAGGGAUGCUGGGAGGGAACGGACCCGGAGUCGGUUCGAGGAGUGGCGUGAGACCUGGGAACGGGACCGGACUGGCCGCGCUGCAGCCAGGCAGCCAGGCAGGGAUGGGGGGUCUCGGCGCGGGGGUGGGAAUUCCCGGGCGGUUUGAUCGGAGUAAAGAGGGGGCACCUCAGGUGUGCAGCGCUUCGGACGCGGACUCCGACUCGGGGGAUGAGGAUGAGCCGAUGGGUUCAGCCGGGGACAGCAGAAGGGGUGUCAAGCGAGAGAGAGCCGAGAUGGAAGCGGCGAUGGUCGGACAGGAGGCCGGGGUGCCACCCGGGGGUUAUGGUGUGGUCCCCGGUGGAGUGGCUGGAGCAAAGCCAGGGAAAAAGACACGUGGCCGCGUGAAGAUUAAGAUGGAGUUUAUAGACAACAAGUUGCGGCGAUACACAACUUUCAGCAAGAGGAAGACUGGCAUUAUGAAGAAGGCAUACGAGCUAUCCACUCUAACGGGGACGCAGGUCCUGCUCCUUGUGGCAAGCGAAACGGGGCACGUCUACACCUUUGCCACGCGCAAACUCCAGCCCAUGAUCACCAGUGAGACGGGCAAAGCCCUGAUCCAGACCUGCCUCAACUCCCCCGACUCCCCGCCCCGCUCGGACCCGUCUAUGGACCAGCGCAUGAGCGCCACGGGCUUCGAGGAGACCGACCUCACCUAUCAGGUGUCGGAAUCGGAGAGCCUCGGUGAAACCAAGGACUCCCUCAAGCCUGCCUUCACCGUGGCGAGCCUCCCGGGAAGCACCAGUUCGCAGGCCACGGUGCCGACCACCUCCACCACCAUGCAGGUGAGCAGCGGACCCUCCUUCCCCAUCACCAACUACCUGGCCCCGGCGUCGGCCAGCGGCGGGUCCGGCCCAGGCACGGCCGCCGCCAACGGCACCGUCCUGAAGAGCGCCACCGCCCCUUCGGGAGGGGUCAUGCUGCCUGGCGGCUUCACCUUCAUGUCAGGCCCUCCUUUCCCCGCUGGGGCGCCUGCCAUCCCCCUGGGGCAGCUGCAGGGGCACUCUCUGGCUCUCCAGAGCCAGCCGGGCCAGACCCUGAGCGCUGCCGCCACCGCCCACCCUGCGCCGGGCCAGCAAACUGUGUUCCGCCUGCCUGCUGCGGUCUCGCUCACAGGAGGAGGAGUAUCCCAGCAGCUCCAAGCCAUCCAGGUGCAGGCUGGCACCCAGCCCAGCUCCAACAGCACCGAUGGCAGCAGCCCAGAGAUCUCCCAGACCAGCACUGCCUCCACAGCCACGGUCACUCUCCCGGCAACCAUUGUCACAUCGUCAGUGCCUACCUCUGUAGCGGGUCACAUGAUGUACCCUAGCCCCCACACAGUGAUGUACGCCUCAGCACCCACGCUAGCCGAUGGCAGUCUGGCUGUGCUCAACGCCUUCUCUCAGAGCGCCUCCGCUAUGCAGGUGUCCCACGCACAGGCCCAGGACACGGGGGCAGUUCCUCAGGUUUUCCUCGCAGGACCACCUGGCACGGUUCAGAUCCCUGUUUCAGCGGUGCAGCUACACCCAGUACGGCAAGAUCUCCACUUUACAAAUGGUGAUUGGUCAGCAGUCCAGCGGCAGCAGCAGUAAUUUGACAGAGCUUCAGGUGGUGAAUCUGGACACUGCACAGAACACCAAGAGUGACUGAUGGUCCAGGAGGAUCACCAGAGACUUGCAUCAUGUUUAUCGAUGCCUUGUUUCCUUUUUAAGCGUUACAUCCAUGUAUGCCACGAGUGUGUGUGAUUGUACAGUUUCUGCUAGAAAUGUCCAUCACAACCAUGGUCACGAAUUGAAAGAAACUUGGUCUCAGUUCUGCUGUGCGUGCUGCGAUUUAUAGAAUAUCAACUCCAAUUCUGACAUGCGUUUUUUGCAUGUUACAUGUGCGAGCGUGCGUAUGCAUGUGCGUGUAUGUAUGCGUUUGUGUGUGUAUACAUGUGUUUGUGUGUUAAUUGCAUAAAAGAGAAAAGGAAGACAGUGUUAGUUAGCUGUUGCAGAUACUGCAGCCUCUCACUUUGGCCAAAGACAUAUUUUGUCAGUAUUUUUGUGUGAAUGCCAGUAUGUGUCUGGAUAGCAGAGGGGUCAUGGAGAGAAGCCUUUGGAGAAAGAGUGAUGAUGGGUUAAAGCUUUGAGAAAAUCAGAUAGCAGGACUGUUGGAUAUGUACAUAAUUUUCUUUUUUAAUUAUGUUAUUUUAGCUGAUAGUGCUAUGGCAUGUACUGUAGUUUUGUUUUUUUAAAAGAUGCUUUUUUUUGUUUUGUAUUUCCUUAUAAAAACAUUUACAACUGUGUAAAUUAAUGUAAUAUAAUAUAUAUAUUUUAUUGAUUUAUAUAAGAUCAUGGAGAAUAAGAGUGAGGAAUUUUGUAGUCAAGCUCGUUUUUUUUGUUUUUGUUUUUGUUUUUUUUACUAUAAUCUAUAACACAAAUUUCCAGCCUGCAGUUGAACAAAGUCAAAGCAAAAACAGAGGGAGGAUAUGGAGACACCUAUAAAGUUUUUCCUGUUGCUUUGUUUUUAACAGCUUUCUUUAUUGUAAUACCCAGGCAUGACAUUACCCAAGCUACUUCCUACUUGGCAUUAGAUGGUCUAUGUAUGAUAUAGCGCUGUUUCCACUGGCUGUUUCAGGCUAGGUUAGAAUACCAUAUUCUAAUAGGAAGUGAUACCUGAUACUGAGAAGAGCUCAAAGGAGAGCUCUUGUUCCCUCUUGACUCUAACGAUUAACUGUUUUAAUGCCACGUUUUGCAAAAGUUGCUGAAAAGGUUUAACGAAACACUAAAACCUUUGCUGAUGUCUCGAAAUGAGCAUCAGACGAGUCCUUGACAUGCGUUACCAUGCAGAAUGACCUGAACUCUUCAUGCUGGAUUCACACCCUGCCUCAGUAAUGCUGACCAGAUGUUAGCUGACAGAUUAACAGUCAUCUGCUUCCCAGUAUCUUCACAGCACUGACAUAUUCAACACCAUUUAUUUCGUCAGCAACUAUAAGACCGUGUGAGAGGGUUUGGACUGGUAUGGCUCAUGCGUGUGCGCUCUCUCUCUCACUCUCUCUCUCACUCUCACUCUCACUCACUCUCUCUCACUCAUAUAUCAGAAGGCUGUGGUUUGGUCCCCCUGCCCCGCCCCCAAAACUGAAUUUAUUCAGUUUGACAUUUCAUCUUACCAAAUGACAGAAGCAGCAGCUCACACAUGUUGACCUAAAGCCUUUUUGUAUAAAGGGAAGUUUUCAUGCUGUACUUUGGGGUGGUGUUUUAGACGUUUAUUUAUAACGACAUUUUGUUGGAGUGACGCUUGGUGUGUCUCUGGUCUGGGGAGCAUUUGUGCAGCUUGUGUCCAGUGCUCCACUCUGCACUGGUGACAUGAGGUUUUCUUCAAGCCAAACUUGGUUUCUCCUAUAGAAAAUGUGAAAUCCUUCACUGAAAUCAUUUUGUUUGAUACAUUUUUAAAAGUUUGUUUUACAUUUAUAACAAAAUGGUGUGACAUCAGAAUGAACACUGGUUCUUUUAUUGUUAGAUUUUUGAGGUUAUUGUGUGAGCUUUUGUGAACUUUUGUUUUAUUUCUAUUUUUCUUUCAUCUUUGGGGAUCUUCAUGUAACAGCAAAUGUACAGAAAUUUUGUAAUAAAAAAUGGAUCUUGUACUGA